AUGCCUCCUUCGUCAAGCUCAACGACCGGCGGUGCUAACGGCAAACGCAAGCGUACCCGUGAAACAGCUGUCAACAACCACGACGACUUUCACGAGGAGAAUGGCGACGAUAACACCGAGUCCGAACACGACAACGAUGCCGCGGACGCGUCCCCGUCUACACGGCGCCAGAACCAGCGACAGAAGCAGCUGCCUCCCAGUAAGCGGCAGCGUCCGAAUGUCGACACCGACGGCCGCCGGAACAGCAACUCUACCAGCGACGACGACAACGAGGACGACAACGAGGACGUGAGUGCGUCCGACGAGUCCAUGGCGCCGCCGCCGGUCGGUGGCGGCGGCCUCAUUCACCCUCACGGCUACCGCACAAACUCCCCACCCACGGGUCGGCCGGUCCGUGUCUAUGCAGAUGGCGUCUUUGAUCUGUUCCAUCUUGGACACAUGCGUCAGCUCGAGCAGGCCAAGAAGGCGUUUUCUGACGUUUACCUGAUUGUUGGCGUCACGGGCGACGAGGAGACCCACAAGCGCAAGGGCUUGACUGUGUUGUCUGGCAAGGAGCGUGCCGAGACUGUACGCCACUGCAAGUGGGUAGACGAAGUCAUUGAAAACUGCCCGUGGAUCGUUACGCCCGCCUUCCUCGAGGAGCACCAGAUUGACUACGUCGCCCACGACGACAUUCCCUACGGCGCCGACGAGGGCGACGACAUUUACCAGCCGAUAAAGGCCGCUGGCAAGUUUUUGGUGACCCAGCGCACUGAGGGUGUCAGCACAACGGGCAUUAUCACCAAGAUCGUCCGCGACUACGAAAAGUACAUCUCCCGCCAACUGAAGCGCGGCACCUCCCGCCAGGAGCUCAAUGUGAGCUGGCUGAAGAAGAACGAGCUCGAGCUCAAGCGCCACGUCCAAGACCUGCGUGACAAUAUCCGUGCCAACUGGACCACGACAGGCCAGGAGCUCAGCAAGGAGCUGCGCCAGUUCUGGCCCACCAGCCGGCCCCAGAGCCCUGCCCCGCGGCCCUCGCUGCACCUCGGCUCCCCCGCCGGCCAGUCGUACCUGACCGCCAACGAUGGGCCCCUCCCGGCGAGCCCCACCUCGACCCUAAACCUCCACCAGCAGCAUCAGCAGGCUGUGGGCGGCGGUAAUGGCGCGGCCCCCAGCAUCAACACGUCGACACCCAAGUCGCCCGUCGGCAGCACCAACGACUUUGUGGCCGGCUACGCCCUCGGCCUGAUUGGCGGCGUGCGGUCGUGGAUGACCAAGAGCCGACAGCGCGGCCGGGACACGCGGUCGCAACAAGUCAGUGACGACGACUCUGAGGAGAGCGACGAUAAGCAGCCGUCGGGCAGCGGCAGUGGUAGCGGAAACAAUACACAAGAAGCUAAGAGCCGCCCGAGCAGCUCCCGGACUGGCAACGGCAUCGAGCGCAUUGCUUCGUCUUCCGACCUGCGGCGAAGCCUGCGCGCAUCAUAA